AUGUUUAUUAUAUCACUAUUUCUACUAUUCUUAUUCGCAUCAUUAAGCGAUUCAAAUCUUUCAAAAACUAAAAUAACAAAAACAACUACAUUAUCAACAAUUGUAGUUAAUCAUUCUAAUGGAAAAAUUGUUGAUAGAAAUUCUUCUAUAAUACAAGUAGAAAGAAAAAAAAUCGACUCUACAGAUGAUGAUGUGAUAACACCUGAUGAAAUUAAAAAUGAAGUAUUUGUUAAUGAUUUAUUAGAAACAGACACAAGACCAGAUGUUAUUGCGGUACCUGAACUUUAUCAAGGGCCACAUUAUGAAAUCGAUUGGCAUUUUGUUGAUAAAUAUACAAUUCGUGUAACGUUUGAUUUAUUUUCUGUUCCAACAUCAUUAAUUGAAAAUAAUAUUUAUUCAAAUUCUAAACGUAAAUCAAGUUUAUCAGCAUUAAUGGCAACAAUGCCAUCGCGUCCAUUUAAAUCUAUAAUGUUAUUAGAAUAUUUCGUUUUUAUUAUUCGACCCUAUCAUAAAAAUAAAGAAAUUAUACUUAAAAUGGAAAAAUUAAAUUUAAAAAAUACAACAUCUAAACCCUAUCUACAUUUUUCGAAUUCAUUAUUAUUAACUGCAUUAAAUCAUAAGGAAAAAUAUAGUAUAUGUAUAUCUUAUUAUCGACAAAAUACGUCAACAAAAAUUCCUGAUUUACUUCUUUGUCAAGAUAUUAUAAAUGAUUAUUCGAAAUUUUCCGAAUUAAGAGCAGAUGCAAAACAUGGACUUUUGUUUAUUACAACACAAUAUUCAAUUAUUAUUGCUUUACUUGUUGUUUUACAAAGUGUAUUUACAAUGCGAAAACGUCGUGUAGCACAAUUAAUUUCGAAACAAUUACACGCUACAGCACAUAGUAUUCGUUCUACACUUUCAUCAGUUAGCCUCGUCCGACAGUCAGUUUCUUCAUUAGAUGCAGCAGCUGAACUACAACAACACCAACAUCAACAUCACGCGACUAAUCAUAGUCACGCGAUUCCACGUCAACCAACGAUUGACGAAGAGACAAAAAUGAAGAAAAGAAUUAUAUCAUCACCUGCUAUCGUUCUUAGUGAACCAUCUGUAUCUAUCGAUAAUGAUACACAUACUACAGAUGAAAAUGAACCAUUCCUCAAACGAAUACCAAGUAAAAAUCAUGUUCAUUUUCUACUUGGUCCUGGCGAAGAUGAUGAUGGUGGAGAACAUGAUGAUAUUGAAUCUCAUACAUUAAAUAAUUCACAAACAGCAUCAAAUGACAAAGAACCAUACAGUGAUCAAUCAGAUGCAUUAUUAUCUAUGGCACAUAUUUUAGAUACAAAUAAACCGUGGUCUCGACAUAGUCAUCAAACUUCACCAGUAUAA